AGAUUAGAGCGGUGUGUGGGCAUCGUGACUUCGCUAACCAACGGGCUGUCGGAGAGGGAAGCUAACGAUGCCCUCAAUGCUCACAUAUGUAAAGGAACCCCCCAGCAUGAGGAGAUCUGCCUGGGCCUUUUCACUCUGGUCUUAACCGAACCCUCUCAGGCGCAGAAGUGCUACCGAGACUUGGCACUGGUGAGCCGCGACGGCAUGAACAUCGUUCUCAACAAGAUCAACCACAUUCUCAUGGAGAAGUACCUGAAGCUGCAGGAUACCUGUCGGACCCAGCUGCUGUGGUUGCUGCGGGAGCUGGUGAAGAGCGGGGUGCUCGGCGCGGAUGGCGUCUGCAUGACCUUCAUGAAGCAGAUCGCAGGCGGGGAUGUGACGGCGAAGAAUAUCUGGCUAGCCGAGAAUGUCCUGGAGAUUCUGACGGAGCAAAGGGAGUGGGUACUGAAGAGCAGUCUCUUGAUAGCCAUGGCGGUGUACACGUACCUCCGGCUCAUCGUGGACCAUCACGGCACAUCUCAGCUCCAGGUCCUUCGGCAGAAGGAGGUGGAUUUCUGCAUCUCCCUGCUCCGCGAACGGUUCAUGGACUGCUUCGUGAUCGGCCGGGACCUGGUGCGGCUGCUGCAGAACGUUGCCAGGAUCCCUGAGUUCGAGCAGCUCUGGAAGGACAUCAUCCACAACCCCCAGGUCCUCAGCGCACAGUUCACAGGUGUCCUGCAGCUCCUCCAGUCAAGGACUUCUCGCAAAUUCCUGGCCUGUCGCCUCACUCCCGACAUGGAAACCAAGCUGCUCUUCAUGACCUCCCGGGUGCGGUUUGGCCAGCAGAAGCGGUACCAGGACUGGUUCCAGCGGCAGUACCUGUCCACCCCAGACAGCCAGUCCCUGCGCUGCGACCUCAUACGCUACAUCUGUGGCGUGGUCCAUCCCUCCAACGAGGUGCUCAGCUCGGACAUCCUCCCGCGCUGGGCCAUCAUCGGGUGGCUGCUCACCACCUGCACGUCCAACGUUGCUGCUUCAAAUGCCAAACUGGCCCUUUUCUACGACUGGCUCUUCUUCAACCCCGAGAAGGACAGCAUCAUGAAUAUAGAGCCUGCCAUUCUGGUGAUGCACCACUCCAUGAAGCCUCACCCUGCCAUCACCGCCACGCUGCUGGAUUUCAUGUGCCGGAUCAUUUCCAACUUCUACCCGCCGCUGGAGGCUCACGUCCGGCAAGGCGUGUUCAACUCCCUCACCCACAUUGUGGAGAAGCGAGUCCUUGCACAUCUCGCUCCUCUCUUCGACAACCCCAAGCUGGACAAAGAGCUCCGUGCCAUGCUGAGGGAGAAAUUCCCAGAGUUCUGCAGCUCUCCCUCGCCGCCCAUGGAAGUCAAAAUUGAGGAACCUGUUUCCAUGGAGAUGGACAAUCCUAUGUCAGAGAAAGAUGACAGUUGCUACGACAAUGCUGAGGCUGCGUUCAGUGACGACGAAGACGACUUGAACAGCAAAGGGAAGAAAAGGGAGUUCAGGUUUCAUCCCAUCAAAGAAACCAUUGUGGAGGAGCCCGUUGAUAUCACGCCAUUCCUGGACCAGCUGGAUGAGUCCCUGAAGGAUAAAGUCCUGCAGCCGCAGAAGGGAAG